UCUAGUGUUCCUGCCUGUUCCUUUGUUUUCCCUGUUCUGGCUUAUUCGCUGUGUUUUUGGAACCCCUUUGUGUUUUCUGGAUUACCUUUGUUUGGACUUUGCCUUGAGCUCUAUGGAAGUUUUGCUGAAUAAAUCUUUUGUUUGAACUGCAUCCUCCUCUUGCCUUGCCAUUGUCUGCACUCAGCGCUCCCCGUGACCAGAUUAGGAUGUUUCUCCUGUUUUGCAUCCUUUGCCUGAUGCCUCCAAGUGGCUACAGUCAGCUCAGUGGUCCACCUGGUCCACCUGGUAUACUUGGUCCACCUGGUCCACCUGGUCGACAUGGUCCAUCUGGUCCCAAAGGUGAACGUGGAUUUACUGGGCCAGCGGGACCUCCUGGAUUUCCUGGACCUGCUGUAAUCUGUGGACGAGAUGUGUUUGGCUCCAUUAACCAGGACCUUGAAGCCUUAAAGAACACCCACAAAAAGAAAGUUGUUUUUUUUUUUUUUUCUUCAGCUACAAACUAUGUUUUUUUCCGGAGGGUUGGUCAGAAAUACUUUGUGUCUAAUAAGGAGAGAGGCUCUUUCUCUGGGGCCACAGAGUUCUGCUCCCAACGAGGCUUGGAGCUGGCUUUGCCCCAGAACGAGGAGGAGAACAGAGUACUGACUCAAGUGUUUGGGGAUGUUGACAAAAUGGCCUGGAUCAACGUCAACAAUAAAAAAGCAGAGGGGAAUUUUGCAACAGAUCUGAAAAAUCGACCUCUGACCUUUACCAAAUGGGGAGAAGGGCAGCCAGACAAAUCCAUCCAGGACACAGGCUGCACCAUGCUGUCAGAAAAUGGUGUUUGGCGAGUGACACACGAAUGCUCCUUAAAUGCUUACAUCAUUUGUCAGAUAUAGAAGGUUCUUAUAUCAUUGCUCUUACUUCCACAUGUAACACUCCCUAAAUCAUCAUCAUCAGCAUGACAUUAUUACUGAUGCAAAGACCUCUUCCUUUAUGAAAAAGUAUCAAAGUACAUAAUUAAAGGAUAUUAUAAGAACAAGACAGGGUUCGAGACUAUUUUCACUGGGAGCACUGUAGCCCCUAACUGAAAAGUUUAGGGAAACAGGCAGAAAUUUUAGGGGCGCGAAACUUAAAUUGACCUGUAACGCAAUAUUUCACAUUUUCCCCAUUUUAACUGUAUUAUUAAUAAAUGCUUUGGCAAUAAAUACAGAA